UUCAGUAUCCUGUGUGUCUGCUUUUAUAUUCUUUUAUCUAAUUUGCUAGUCAGUCUUUAAGCUUUAUCUUGCAACUUAAAGGGGAACUGAAAAUUUYUGUUCUCUCCAUUGUCUGUCAAUGCCAAAUUYCUUUGUGUUCCAGAGGAAGUUAGAAACAGCACAGGAAUAAAAUAUUUCAUUAGAAAGAUAAAAGAAGAAUAGCUAGYGAAGAGUACAGUUAGAUUGUUAUUCAUAUCUUAAAGCCCUGAAGAUGAGAUUAUAGUUGCCAUGGUGCACCUAAUAAAUGUCUUAGAGUUUCCUAUAAAGUAGAAUAACAGUGAAAAAUUUAUAAUUUGAAUGAUUGCUUAAACUGCAGAUCAGUAAUGUAUUACGAGAGUAUCAACUAGCUUUUUGAAAAAAACAUGACUAAUCUCAAUAAUAACUCGACCUAAAUUUARUAUUCUGUGGCAAGRGACAGUUAACUGUAGCUGAAAGACUUGGCCUAACUCACAUUGAUUUCUGAGUAUAUACUGAGACACAGCUUGGUACAGGCUUCUCUGUAGGUCAGUCAGCUGAGUUCAUCCAGGAAUCACUGAGCUUCCAUGGAAGCAYUGGAUUCUUGCACAUCUCUGUAGGAAGAAUGAGUUAAAGAUGCCUUCAGUGUCUGACAAAGAACCUUUCCAGAUACUCUGCAGAUAUUAAGUCAUUGCCACCCAACAUAAAGGAUAAACUGAUUAAAUUAAUGAGUAGGCAAGGGCAAAUAACUGAUGCAAAUAUCAGUGAGGUAUUGCACCCUGCGGUGGAGUCUCUGGACCUCCGAGACUGUGAUAUUUCAGAUAAUGCAUUACUACAGCUUUAUAACUGCAAGCAGCUGAAAAAAAUCAACUUAAAUUCUUGCAAGGAAAACAGAUUUGGAAUCACUUCAGAAGGAGUCAUUGCACUGGCCUUGUCCUGUCCUUACCUGCGUGAAGCAUCCUUCAAAAGGUGCUGUGAUAUAACAGACAGUGGAGUUCUUGCUCUUGCACUCAACUGCCAAUUCCUACAAAUCGUGAACUUGGGUGGCUGUUCAGGCAUCAUGGAUGCAUCUCUGCAGGCACUCGGACAAAACUGCAAAUUUCUUCACAGUGUGGACUUCUCAUCUACUCAGGUAACAGAUGAUGGCGUUGUAGCACUAGUGAGUGGGACAUGUUCGAAGAAUUUAAAGGAGAUCCACAUGGAGCGCUGUGUGAAUCUGACAGAUGUUGCUGUGGAAGCUGUCCUUACUUGUUGUCCCAAGAUACAUAUUUUUCUGUUCCAUGGAUGCCCAUUGAUAACAGAUCGUUCCCGAGAUGCUUUAGAGCAGCUCAUYGUAUCAAACAAAAUCAAGCAACUAACAUGGACUGUUUACUGAUUAGUUAUCUUGUACAUAGGAGUGACAAGUUUACAGGUGGGAGAGCUCCUUCAGCAAACAAGCACCUUGGAGAACUGGCUGGUGACUUUUGUGCCACCAGCUUGCAUCACUGCUGCUUCCCACUGGAGGUCUCCAUUGCUAUUCCAGUCCUUGCCUGUGAGUUCGGGCUUCCCCUUUGUCUCUACUUGGAGCCCUGUCUGUCUUUGCAUUGCUGAUCAUAUUUCAUGAAGAGGAAGGUUAAACUAUAAUUAAUAUUAUGCUGCCAUUGCUCAGCCUUCUUGAUGUGCCGGAUUUGGCUGCUCCUUGGCAUCCAUUAGCAAUGUAGCUAUGUACAAACCCAGUUUAAGUAAGUCUGUGUUCUGAGUUUGUAUUCUGGGAGGGUACUUGCAACUAAAARUACCAAACAUAACACUGAUGCACAGAAGCAUAUGUCAAGUUGGGAGUUUAAUCUGACAAAAUCAACUGACAGAACUGGUGAAUGGAGGUGGCAGUAACAGCAAUACAGAUGUACUUUCAGUAGUAACAAUCUCCUUUCACCAUGUACUUUUGCUAGGUCUGGAAUGGAAAAUGUAGGUACCUUUCUUCUGAUGUUACUGAUUCUGCAGGUUGCUGUUUUUAUUUACCAUCAAAUACUUGAUGGAUUUUUACACAUCCAAAACUAGAGUCUGAAUGUGUAAACAUAAACUUGCUUUGAAAUUGUUACGGUGACUUUACAAAUUUCAGAGCAGUAGCUAUAAGCAAGAAAUUUUUUUUUUAUAUGGGCAAAUAUUCAAUUUGCUCUGGCUUUUGCCUAUGUUUCUGUAUGAAAAUCCUUUU